AUCAAGAAGAAAGGAGAAAUUCUACGAAAUUUGCUUAAAGAUUAAGCAAAUACAACAUCUCGAGUAACUAGGAAGCAAGUGGAAGCAAGUAGCAGUAAAGUGGAAGCAAGUAGAGGCAUCACCCGGUAGAGAAAAUGGCUGACUGCGAGAAGGAGGAGGCCCACAAUCUCCAAAUGGAGUUUGAAUGGGUGCUUCAUGAAGAGGUCCAUUCAUCACUAUCACAAUUAAGAAAUAUUUUAAUGGAAUGUGCACAAAGAUUUCCAUUAGCAUUAUUUGGCAAUGAUCAACACAACAAGACAGAUAGAUUUGUAUUUGCUGCACCACACGAUCAAGUGAAAUGUGUAGCUGUUUUAACUGGUGAUAGUAUUACGAAUGCAGAAGUUAAUUUUAAAGUCCAGCGUCAACAAAACAUUAACAUGAGAACAAGUAUACAAACAGAACAUCCUUGGAAAUUGCAACAAAUUCAAGAUGCUGCUAAUCAUUUACAACAAGCCAUUGCUCACAUAGAUAAUGUUGAUCGUCAUUAUCCUUUUAAGACAUCUGAUGAAGUUAUGCAUGUAUUAGGGAACAUACUUGGUUGUCUCCAACGCAGUCGUACAAGUUUAAUUGUUCCUAGAAAAAAGACCAUUGAUGAUCUCAUUAAAAGUCGUAAUAUGAAAUCAUUAAAUCCUAAUCUUCCAGAAAAUUUAGCUAUUAGUUUUUAUAUCCAGAGUUAUAAACUAGUUUUAGCAAUAUACCAGUUAGAGAAUGCACAUGGUAAUGUUAAGUAUGAAACACAACAAGCAGAAUGCAGUGUUCCAUGGUUAAAUGAUGCUUUAGUACUGCUUACUAUAGCAUUACAGCUUUGCCAACGACUAAAAGACAAGAUCUGUGUUUUUUCUCAAUACAAAGAUUUUACAGUUGGUCCUCACGUUCCUUCAACAGUGGCUUGGUAAUGAAAGUAUUUGAGUAACCAGACUUUCAACUUUCAAUUAAAAAAUUAGUUUUGUAUAUAUAUAUAUAUUACAGUAUACCACGUUUAAUGCUCUGGCAGCAUUUUGGUAGUGAAUUUUGUUUUUAUAAAUGAAAUUUAAUUUUAAAAACGCAUUAAAUUAUGUAGCAUUUUCAGAAAUAAUUUUUUGAGUCAUAUAUAUACAUAUCUUGCUUGAUAUAUUGUAUUAAAUUUGGAGAUUAAAUUUUACAUAGAAAAUUUUACACAAGAAAAAUUCUUGUAUAUUAGUACAAGAUCUGAGUCACGAUUUUAAAAGUAUUUUGCCAAUUAGUUAUGUGCUUAUAUCUAUCUAUUAGUCCUUCCUUUGAUCAUAAUUUUUAAUCUUAUGUAGACAGCUUUGAUUUAGAAUAGUUAUAAAUUCUUAUUAAUUAAGCACAUAUUUACUAUAUCUCCUGUGAUUUUUCGGAAUGUUAUAAUAAUUCUCUUUUUACUAGAUUUUAUUAAAGUUUUAUUCUUAAGAGUGUAGGCGAUUCUAAAGUUUUUAACUAUUAUUUUAAACACUUAUUUAUUCUUUAUUAUUUACCAAAGAAGGUACUGUUUAGUAAAUGUUGACAUACAUUACUGUGGUAUGACGUUCCUUUCAUUUUAAUAUAUCUAUAUAUUUACAUACAGAUAACUAAAUUAGCGUUACAUCGAUCAUUAAUUAGGUGUUAGCAUAAUUGUUACUGAUCGACGUUAUUGUUAUACAUACACACAGCAAUUUAUAAGGAUUUCAACACAAUUAUAUUAAAUAUUUAGAAUUGCCUUAACGUAAUAACGAUAGAGAUGCGAAUUUUCAAUAUUAAGAUCAGUUUUCAUAUUGAGUUAAAUGGAAAGAUUUUAUCUUAUUUCUAAAUUUUUAUUUAUUCUGAAUUGAGAUAUAAAAAUCUUAAAUACAUAUUUAUAUUAAUUGUACGCAUUUAUAU